CACUCGCCAGCUGAUCGGCCUCGACUCCCGGUGCGGUCCGUCGGACUGUACGCGGCCGUUAAUUUCUUGAUUUUUGUCAAAAUUACCUCGAAUUCAUAGUAACGGCCGCUCGUGUCCGCAUCUUGCACAUCUUACGCUGCGUUUUCAGCUCGGGGAUUUCGUUGUAAAGCAUUUUUGAUUAAACGUCGAGCCGAGGAAUUCCCGCAAAAGCUUUAGGCCGCGAGCAGAUCCCCGGUGUUUCCUGCAGAAACCUGACGCCUUCACAUCGCCGCCAUGGGGGACACAGGAAGCGAGCGCAGCAAGCCGCCUAGUAUUCCUCCCCGCUGCCCUUGUGGAUUUUGGGGGUAAGAUGAUUAAUUUUACACGUCCAGCAAAACCAUGAAUCUUUGCUCUAAAUGUUUUGCUGACAUACAGAAGAAACAGCCAGACGAGGACUGCACUCCAGAGGCCGCCCCCAGCUCAAGCAAUAGCCAAUCAGCAGUCUUCUGUAACGAGACGAGCAGCAGCAGUAGCCAAACCCCGUCCUCCAAGCCAGCCAGCUCUGAAGAACCCUCGACAGAAGCCACGCCUCUUCCUGCACAGGACGAAGUCUCCAGUACAGACACAGCUCGUGGCACGCUAUCCACUCCUACAAAACGACCCUGCGACUCAGCCUCAGGUUCAGAGAGCGAGUCUUCUCCGGAGAAGCGUGUUCGUGUCGGUGAGGCCUCAUGUUCUGAAGAUUCUCCACGAGUUCCCAAGCAAAAGAACCGUCGGCGGUGCCAUCGCUGCCAAACCAAACUGGAGCUUGUACAACAGGAGCUGGGGUCCUGUCGCUGUGGUUAUGUGUUCUGCAUGUUGCACCGGUUGCCGGAGCAACACGACUGUAUGUUUGACCAUCUGGGCCGCGGCCGAGAGGAAGCUGUGCUGAAGAUGGUGAAACUGGACCGCAAGGUGGGCCGAACCUGCCAGCGCAUCGGAGAGGAGUGCUCUUGAACGCCCCCCCUACACACACACACACACACACACACACACACACACACACUUGUCCACCGACCACAUGACUCACUCACCUGUUAGUGGCAUCUUUUUUCCUCCAACACAUCUCAGAGGACCUACACCCCUGCUUGACCUCUGACCUGUGACCCCUCUCAGUAGCCUCGUGCUCAUCACACACAGGCGAUCCGCACAGCCUUAACUUUCUGUUAUCUGUCCCUCCACACACCCAAACGCAGGUCAGUAGGUCAGAUGAAUUUGGCGGUCUGUGCUUUGGAGAACUGCUCUCGUCUCAGAGGCUGCGAUCGACUCCAGGGGAAACACAUCAAUCGAUCGAGACCUCUGGGAAUUUCUGCUCCGGACGUUCUGAUGACAGACACUGACCGAGGGAAGGGGGCCGACCUGGAUCACAGGAGUCACCCCGUCCCGGGAUAAAAAAGGCCGGGCAUGGCUCUGACGCGGCUCAAGCCGACGGGCCGCAUCAGAGCCGUGCCCGUUUUACUUGCAUACACUCACACUCACAUAUGCACUUACAGCCGUGUUUUCAUAAAUCAGACGGUACCCUUUGGUUUGGGUUCGGUUGGGAAAGGGCCGCCCACAGCUCAUCUGAGAACUAGUUUGUUCAGGUCUGAAUAAACACACUCUGUAACCUUGUACGACUCCCAUCAGACCUUGCAUCAUACACUCUGCCUCUUUUAAAGCAGCUGAAGAUCUCGGUGAUCUUUUUUUUUUCCUCUCCUUCAUUCUCACUAGUUCCUGUACUUUCUCCUGCCUGCUCAUGCUAACCUUUCUUUCUAUAUUCUCUUGAUUCAUUCUCUUUUUUCUUUCUUUCUUUCCUUCCCUCCCUCACAUGCAUUAUGGAGGGAUGUGUUCAGCUCUGGUGGGAAUGA